GGACCGAGCGUCCUCGCAGCAUCCCGCCCGCUCCCUCUCCUUGUUUCGGCUGCUGCCAGAGUGCCGGCUCACGGGGAAGAGAGAGAGACAGAGGGAGGAGAGAGUUGAGCUCUGACAGUCAUUGUGUGAGAGGUGGAAGGAGACAACAACAAUCCCAGUGUUGCACGCUCAAUCUCUGGAUACUUGGGCGGAAUCUGCUGCACUCGAGGAUGCAGCGGGGCUGACGAUGGGUGACUGAUGAAGCAGCUCUCCUGAUGCGUCCCGGACCAAUAAGCACCUGACUGAGACGAAGGCGUGGGGCAACCUCCUGACAGAAGUCUUGGAUUACAUCUAGCGAGGACCCAGAGCCCUCAGGGGUGGCCCGACCAUGAAGCCCUCAGCCAUCGUGGUCCCGCCCUCAGGUCUCCUGCUGGUCCUGAUGUGCUGCCCCCUGCUAGGAGUGGUGCAGUCCGCGAGCAGCAACAAGGCGGGCGACAAAGGACACCCGCACCUGGCUGACAGCAACCCGGAGCGCUGCAUGAGGCAUCACUUCGUAGAGACCAUCACACACCCCAUUUACAAGUGUAACUCCAAGAUGGUGUUGCUGGCGCGCUGCGAGGGCCACUGCAGCCACACCACCCGCUCGGACCCCCUCAUCUCCUUCAGCUCGGUGCUCAAGCAGCCCUUUAAAAGCACCUGCUCCUGCUGCCGGCCGCACACCUCCAAGUUGAAGGCGGUGAGGCUGCGUUGCGCCGGCGGGACUCGCAUCACUGCCACGUACCGAUACAUCCUCGCCUGCAACUGUGAGGAGUGCAGCUAAAAGCCCCCCAGCCCCGCCGCCAUGGACGCUGAAAGACAUGGGGGUCCUUCACAGACAAGCUUGUCGUACUUACAGCGGUGAUGAUAAACCCUCCACCUGGGCUAUCUACAGUCAUAUACAGCAUAUUUCUCCAACACUAACUUCCACAGGCUGAAGCGUCGGCCCGGAAACCCUCCUCAUCACCGAGACCACUCAUUUACAGGCCCAAUUCAUAGCACACACGCUCACAAACCACACAAUGAUGGCUGGCUGUAAAUCUCUGUAGCAGCCUUUCUGCACCAUUAAAGCCCAGCAUGCAUGUGACAACAACACAACACGCCUCGUGAAAACGCAGCAUGAGGCUCCACGAGAAGUCAUGUGGUGGAUUUACACAGCAGACGUGCGCAUAAUGAUUCACACCUGCUGACUGAAACUUGGACGCCGCGCCGUCCAUCAGACUGUCGAGACUGUCUGUUGUCCGUGUUUCUUGUCCUGUGACGUUCCUGUUGACAAUACGUGAAACUGUAGCUUCUGUCAUGCUGGAUUUAUAAAAGUGUUGCUUCUGCCCGACUUGCGUUCUCACUGAUGAAUGUUCAGUUUUGUUUCAGAGAAAAUAAAGGUCAGUUCUGAAAUGGUGCGCCGAACACAGUGACAUAUUCUGUGGACAUUAUUGGGAGGGAGAAUCCCAUUCACAACACCGUGUUUUGAAACCGUUUCUCAGUCAUAAUUCUUCAGCAGGUUGCUUUGAUAUAGAACACGCU